AUGGACUCCUCGUUUGCGCUGCGUCACGAGAAACUCGAGGUUUCGGAGCUAGAAAAUGGGGAACGGGAGCCUACGACAAAGAAGGGGGAGAUUGAGCGAAUCGAUGCCAUAGCCACGGCUCAGGGCACAACACUAGCUUCCUUCGCGCACCUGGAUGAGAAGAAGAUUCUGAGAAAAAUGGACAUUCGACUCAUCCCGAUGCUAGCCUUGCUCUAUCUACUCUCAUUCCUGGACCGUGGAAAUAUCGGAAAUGCCAAGAUUGAAGGCCUCCAGGAAGAUUUGGGAAUGACUGCGGAUCAGUACAACUGGUGCCUUACCGUCUUCUUCUUCACCUACGCCGCGUUCGAGGUCCCGAGCAACCUGCUGCUGAAGAAGCUCCGCCCGAGCGUGUGGCUACCCACCAUAAUGGUUGCGUGGGGCAUCGUUAUGACCUUGAUGGGGAUUGUGCGAAACUAUCAUGGCUUGUUGAUAGCCCGCAUCUUUCUGGGAGUGACAGAGGCCGGACUGUUCCCUGGCGUUGCAUACUACUUAACCAUGUGGUAUUGUCGGCAUGAGAUCCAGCUCCGCCAAGCCAUGUUCUUCUCGGCCGCUUCCAUCGCCGGUGCUUUCAGCGGCCUUCUCGCGUUUGCAAUUUCCAAGAUGGACGGCAUUGGCGGGCUGGAGGGAUGGCGCUGGAUUUUCAUCCUCGAGGGCAUCGUGACCGUCCUCGUGGCCGUACUAGCCUUCUUCGCCCUCCACGACUUCCCCGAGACCGCCAAGUUCUUGACCGAAGAGGAGCGAGCAUUUAUCGUGUUCCGACUCAAGUACCAGGGCCAGGUACAGGGAAAGCAGGAGAACCGCGUGCAAGUCGCCGAAGCGGAGGAGUUCAAGUGGAAAUACGUCUGGGACGCGUUUACCGACUGGCAAAUCUGGAUCAACAUCUUUGUUUACUGGGGUGUUGUGUGCCCUCUGUACGGAAUCAGCCUCUUCCUCCCGACCAUCAUCCGCAACCUGAACUACACGUCCAGCACGGCGCAACUGAUGACCGUCCCGAUCUACAUCACUGCUGCAAUCCUUGCAGUCCUUGUGGCCUAUCUAUCGGACCGGGUGGGGAAGCGAAGCCCGUUCAUCAUUGGAUUCUUCUGCCUGAUGAUUGUGGGAUUCUCAAUGUGCAUAUCCAGCUCCAACCCGAAAGUAGUCUACGGAGGUGUUUUCAUCGCUGCUUGUGCCAUCUAUCCCGCCUUUCCAGGAGUCAUCAGCUGGCUCUCCAACAAUCUGGCCGGAAGCUACAAGCGCAGCGCAGGCAUGGCACUCCAAAUCGGCGUGGGGAAUCUUGGUGGAGCCAUGGCAUCAAACUUCUACCGCCAAAAAGAUGGUCCACGGUACAUCCUGGGCCACGGACUCGAGCUCGGGUUCAUAUCGGUUGGCAUUAUUGCAGCGUUGAUUCUCAUUUUCAGCUACAUUGGCAUCAACAAAAAGCGUGAUCGAAAGAUGGCAGCUGGAGAAGACAAUAGAUUCACAGCAGAAGAGCUGUCGGGACAGGGUGACCGAGCGAUAACCUUCCGCUACAUGUGGUAG